UUAAAAUAGGGCGGAUGAUUUUUUUCAUUUUCGCGCACAAAACCAAAAACCAAUAUUGGUGUAUUACACUCUCUCUCUUUAAUCCACCGUCCCAAACAUUCUCUCUCCUUAAUCUGAAAAGCUUCCACCGUCCCAAACCACCGUCCUCUCUCUCGAAACCGCCGUCCUUCGAUCCACCGUCCUUCAAUCCACCGCAUAAGCACUCUCUCUCUCGAAACCACCGUCCUUCCACUCUCUCUCUCUCUCUCGAAGCAAGCUUCAGUCACUCUCUCUCUCUCUCUCUCAAUCCAAACCAGCUUCCGUCAAAAUCUAAGGGGGACAUCCUAACAUUGACGUUGUAAGAAAAAAGUUCAUGAAUGCCAUGUGUAUUUGCCGUUGCCUUCAUCCCAAGUUAAAAUCAAAGUCAAGUAUAAUCCCAUGGAUAGAAAUAAAGUGUCCUAUGCAAACUAAUGGCAUUGAUUGUGGCUAUUUUGUCAUGCGAUUUAUGAAAGAGAUAAUAUUGGCAAAUCAAGACAUGAUCCCCGAAAAUUACUUUGGAGAUUACAAAUGUAAAACCUAUUCUAAAGAUAAGCUAGUUGAGGUCGAGGAGGAUUGGGCAACCUUUAUGGUCGAGUAUCUUAGAGACUAUAUUGCUCAGAGACUUAAACUGUAAUUGGUUGUGCUGGACUAUAUAGCUUGUCACGAGUCCUCUAAAAUUUAGGUGUUUUUUUGUUUGUAAUUGUGGCUGCUUUUAGGAGCUUUUUUUUUAUUGGCAAGUUUGGAUUGACUAGUAUUAUGACAUUCAGGAUUAAACUUAUGAUCAAUUUAUAUUGAGAUUAUCAUGAA